AAGCCUUUUCUUAUCAGGAUUCGGUGGUCUUCAUUUAUUUAUUUAUUUAAGUAGCUUUCAGGAUAUGUUUUGAUAAACAAUAAGACUUUCCCUGAAAAAGAUUGUGCUGUUUUGUGAAGAUGGUAAAGCUGGGGUUAUGGAGGACGGGUCAUUCCCCAUCCUUAUUCCCUUUGGUUUCAACGCCUCUGAUACCUUCUGGCUCAGAUGGCAGGAGGACGGCCACAUGGAGUGCCCCUGUGUCCCUGCCAAAAACCAAGCCUGUUAAAAUAUCACUUGUCACCUCAGCAUUCAGAGGAAUCCCAGGAAUAAAACUGGUUUCAAGAGGAUGUAGCAAAUGCAAAGGAAAGGCAGCCAUUGAAUGCCCAGGCUGCAAGGGUACUGGUAAAAACAAGAAGAAUGGUAACAUGUUCGAGAGGUGGAAGUGCUAUGAUUGUCAAGGUUUUGGCCUGGUGAGCUGCCCUAGCUGUGGAAAAGGAGGCCUGACCCCUGAACAAAGAGGAGAAAGAUAAGAAAGUGAUUAUAGAAUUUAAAUGAAUAACAACAAACUCUAAAACCUAUUGACAGUAGUAGUUAAUUGUGUGUAGUAGUAGAGAUCGGCAAAUAAUGGACUGUAUUUAGACCUAUUGACAGUAGUAGUUAAUUGUGUGUAGUAGUAGAGAUCGGCAAAUAAUAACUCUGAUAAUGUAGCCUUUGGCACUGUAACUGUCAAGAAAAGGUAGAUUUGGUGUUGUAUUGUAUGGUUUUCAUGCCAUAAGUGUGCUCAGUAGACUGUAUGGUUCAGUGAACCAAUAUAUUCGUAUGCAAAGGCUAUGUAAAGAGCUAGUGUAUGUCAUGACUUGUUAUAAUAAAAUGUCAACAAUGUAAAUAUAUUUUAAAUAAUAAUCACAUCUAUCUAUAUUCACAUAAUAA